AUGAAGUCUCUUCUUGUAACGUCUUUGCUCUUCUCGGCGGCCACUGCCUGGCCACAUCAGAUGCUACCACCGCAGGCCGACCAUCCAACUCGUGUCCAAAGGCGUGCUGAGGCUAUAGUUGCAGCCAUUGUGCCCACAACGACAGGGCAGAUUGGAGUGACACCGGUCCUCGUGGAUUCAUUGUUCGUUGAGAUCAAGCCCCUUCAUGAGACCUCAGGGCCAUACAACACCUUCUUCAGCGACUAUGUUGAUGAUAAAGGCAAUUGGAAAGCAAAGGACCAAGAACAAAUCACCCAGGUGCAAGUCACAACCAAAGACGGCAAGCCCACUAAAGAAACGGUGACCGCACCAAUAGCCGUCAUGACAGGUCCUGAUGGGGACCUUAACAUCCUCAUGGCACCCAAACUCCAGCAGAAGUUGGUUGAUAUGAUGAAAAAUGUCCCCGCCUGUGGCAAAAAACGGGCUGAAGCCUGCGGGAUUGAGAGGUUCUUGAUCGAGAUUGCUGAGGAUGAUUCCAAGCUCAUACAGUCCCUGAGGGAUGCGGUCGAAGGUAUCGCAUUUCUCAGUGAGGAUGUGCUCAGAGGUAUGAUUACUGGAGCCAGUACCGAGGAAGCCAGGCUUGUUGCAGGCGGGAUCGGUGCCAUGGGAUUCGUCUGGACCGCGGCGCGUCUUUAUACUUAUAAAAAGGAAUUUCCGUUGGCUUAUAAGAUCAGAGACCCGCCCAAAAAUGAUCUUCCCAAGACGGAGACGCCCGAGGAGGAGGAGGAGGAUUCCGACAAGUGUCCGAAGGAUGCACCCAACGGGAAGAACGCUCCCUUGUGUUCCGACUGCAGUGGCAAAGAUAAUACUUGUCAAGAUGGGAAAUACAAACACUGCCACUGCCUCGAUUUGGUGAGGCCAAUUUACACCAACUACGACGAGAUAUGGCUGAAAGAACAAGCCGAUGCGAUCAAAUACGCCCUGGAACAUGUUGACAAUGCGGAGACACCAAAAGUAGUCUGCUCUGACCCUGGAUACGACAAAGCCGUCGCCGUAGACGUCUCCUUCGUAAAGGGUCUGGCAGAUAAAUUCUGCGACGGGGAUGCCAAAAAGGAUCGCCAUAUGACUCUCUCUGGGAAGGAUAUAUCAACCAAGGCCUACCAAAAGUACAUAUUCGAUUUGACAUAUGCCCCUCCAGAGAAAAGUGACGAACAGUGCUUGACUGAUUGUGCGGGUGCGAUCGAGGCCAUGGCCACUAAAUGCCAAGGCAUCAACAGCCACACGGUGCAGAAAGGGGCAAAUGCCACGCUUGAUUGUGGUGCGCUGUACAGCUACGAGAUCAAUCUACCUGAUAAGCCUGACGACGCGGAUCUCUCCUGCGCCAAUAAUGGAGACUACAGCAAGACGAUCGACGUUGAUGUCAAAUUCUUCCAGCGCCUAUCCGAGAACUUUUGCGGCAACGACAUGUCUCAGAACCCCAAGAAGGACCUUACGAGCGACGACAUCAAGUCCGACAAGUACAAUGGCUACAAGUUCCACUUUGAAGGCUCGAACAACCCAGGCUGCAAGACCGACUGCAAAGCUACGUUUGCGCGUAUGGCUUCGAAAUGCCAAGGGUUCGACAGUCACUCUAUCCAACCAUCCGGCAACGCCGACUUUGACUGCAGCAGUAGCUACAGUUACAAGAUUGAGCGGCCAAAUGAGAAUCCCCCGGAGACGCCACCGCACGAUAAGCUCGGCGAACUCCAUUGCCACGGGGCGGACGACUUCGGCGACCACAAGGACAUCAGCCCCGGCUUUCAAAACCAGUACACUGGAUUCGCGUGCGUGGGUACCGCUCGGGAAGAGAAUAUAAUGGACGAGAACAGCGACCCAGUCGUAUUCCAGACCAAGACGAACGGCGCCCCGUACUAUUAUUCCAUCUCCUGGAUCAAGGGCUGUCGCGGUACAAAGCAGAGCCCUUAUACACCUUUGGGAGAUUAUAAGUUCCCCGGUAGCGAGGAUCAGGUUACUUGUACAGAUUUGUUGCGGAGGAACUGGAAAGAAUGUAUUAAUGGUGGGGUUGGUGGGUUCAGGGAUGCUGGGUGCUUGCGCUAUGAGUUCAAGGCAGAGUACACCAAGUGA